AUGGAAAAGGACGCAAACGGUACAAUUACAGUCUCGGAGCUGGGCAAGCCUCGCCGAUACAUCACUGACCAUGAUGCCGAUGGAAAGGGUGUAUUCAACAAGUCCUUUGAAGAGGACAUUGGCUCGACGGUCCUGCCGGGCAUUCUCCUCUAUGAUACAUUUCUCCAGACUCAGACCCCGAUUCAAAUGAACAAUGGCGAGGACCUGAAGAACAUGAAGGCGGCUCAACCUCAUGCCGGUCUCGUCGCCGACGGAACCACUGUGGUCCGCUUUGUCGACUUUAUGCCCGGCACACCGGCCAUUUACCACCGUACGGCGUCGGUGGACUUUGCCGUGCUCAUCUCGGGCGAGCUGGAGCUGCUGCUGGACUCGGGCGAGAAGCGGCUGCUCAAGCCCGGCGACCACGUGGUGCAGCGCGGCACCAAGCACGCCUGGCUGAACCCGCACCCCACGGCCGUCGCGCGCGCCUUUUUUGUCCAGUCCUCGAGCGCGCCCCUCGUCAUCGAGGGCGAGGAGCUCGGCGAGUCGAUAGAGUGGCCCGAGGAGAUUCAGAAACAGCUCGAGCAACAGGCUGCUCAGGCUGCUCAGACUCAGGAGGCUCAAAAGUAA